CGAUCCGCCGAAGACCCGACACUCGUGUCACCGAUUCAUAUGGAGACCAACCAUAGGAUUACGACUCUCUUUGGACAACGAGAGGGACAGCACUGCCUGUAGUGACGGAUUGGACGCCGACUACCGAUGACCCGACAGAGACCCUCAUCAGAGACCGCAAGAAAGUGGAAUCCAUUUCACAAAACGGCGACUUCAAGGACACCAAAGCCGAGGCCACAGACACUCCCGGAGCCGACACUAUGACCGACCCAACAGUCAGUUCAGUGAAGAAAUGA